AAUGUGCUAAGAGUUGCCCUAAUGUGGGUGAGUUGCAUCGUCACAUGUUGGAAUGUGGAGGUGAUCAGGCCUGGUUGCUUGGCCUCACCGGUAGUGGCAAGAAGAAGUGCAAGUGGCGUCCAUUUGGUAGUCGCAGCCGUCGACGGCGUCAACGUGGCAUGAAGAGAAACAUACAGAACUCGCAGACGCAGCCGCGGAUUGUCAACGCGGAGCGAUCCAAAGAGAAACAAGUACCGACCGGCCCUAGAGUUCGCCCGAGCGACCGCGAAAGCAUUCAGAAAAUGCUGGCCAAUCUGCCGGCUAAAAGAGCUACGAGGAAGGUUUUGCAGGACAACAUGAUGCGAUCGCAGGGUAGACUUCGUAACGUGCAGACCAGAACAAGGCCUUGCAUAAUCGGCGACAACUCGUCUCGAAUCUCACGCAACAAAGCCGCUCUGCGGAACAAACUGCUGAAGAACGCCAAGUCGAUUCAGCGGAAUCGCUGUCGAAGUGAUAACAUCGCAGCGGUAAUCGAGAGCGUUGUGAGGAAGUGUCACGAGACUGAGAAGAAAUUAGAUAGCGAUGUCGACAAAACCGCCGAAACUGAGAACAAAGAUAAGAAAGAUGCCAAAGAGAUGAACGAAGGUUCGUUAAAGGCAACUAGCAAGGCUUCGGAUCAGAAUGAUAGAACUAUUCGACCGAGAGUCGUUGGACGACCUAAGGUUCUCGGCAAAAAGAGAAAUGUGAAAAACCCUCGACUUCAAAGCAAAAGUAGUAAUAAGUUAGUGAAAACACUGGGAAAAUUUUCGAAGUUCAAGAAUGAUAUUACAUCCGAGACAAAGGGCGAAGGCGAGGAGGCAUCCUCCCCAAAGAGCACACCAAAGAACGCAAAAAUGACGCCGAAAGCGAUUAACAAAAAUGACGUUAAUAUCAAUAUUAAAAAGAUAUCGACAAUUUCUGCAGUAAAAAAUAAAAACAAAUUGACGCAAAAUAUAUUGAAGAAAAAGCGUCCUGUGGAUCCGGUGGCAUCCAUGAAUGCUUCUAUCAAAGCAAAAUCACAAUUACGAACGCAGGAUGGUAAGUUCGCUCGCAAUCCAAACAAAAAUUUGUCAGCGAAAUUGUUUGAAGCGAAAACAGACGAUGAAAAAUAUAAAUCUGCCGAUUGGCUCGAAAUUAAGCCCAAACUGAAAGCGGCGCAAAAAUUAAAAAAAAUUGGGGUUCAGCUGCCACGAAGAAUCACUCGACUAUCAUCGGAUAGUGACAAGAUGCCGACAUUGGAACCAGUUGUACAGAUUGUUUCCUCCAACGAGGAAUAUGUCGAUAAGUCGGCGAAUGAUUUACCUAUCUUGUCGCCAGUAACAUCAUCAAGUUCUCUUCAGGAUCAAAAGACAUCAAGAAUUUCCACAAAGUGUGUUUUAAAGGAAAAAGAGGAGAAUAUUGAGACUAACGCCGAUCUCGAAGCUAUUCCUGAAAAAAGAAAAAAGGAGCAGAAAUCAACGAGAGGAAGAAAACCGAAAGAGGAAACGAAAGACAUGGCGAAGCGUAGGAAGACUAAUACAAUUGAAGAAAACAAAGCUUCCAAAAAUAACGUAAUAGUGUUAAAAGAUGAGAGAAUGAAAGGCAGGAAGAGUUUACCGAUUUUAAAUGCUAAUAGCGGUGAAAAUAGCAAGGAAGAAAUAUUGAAGAAAGAGACAAUUGCCAAAAAAGAUUUUAAAUCUAAAAAAGAAGAAGCGACGAAGGAAACUCGAAGCAACUCGAAAACCAGAGUAAAGAAAGAUUUGGUGAAAUUGUCGGACAUUCCGUUCGAGGUGAAGAAACUGUUGUAUUCGGCUCAAUGUAUCCUCGACAAGGACGAUCUUUUGAGCACACUAGAACUCGCAUCUAACGACUCGAAACGCAACCUCAGACAAUUGGCACCAAGAUCGAAAGUGCUUCAAGUGAGCGAUAAGAAAUCGCGAGAACUCGAUGACGAAUCAAACGGCUCGAAAGAUACGAGCAAAAAAGAGAAGAUUGAAGCAAAUAAAAAAUCAUCCAGAAAAAACGCUGAGAAGAAGGGUGACGAUAAGCUAGCGAAAACAAGUCUAGAGAAGGAUUCGACUAGCAACGCAAUUGCCAACAUAGCGCAAAAUGAAAGAAAUCAACAAGGUAAAAAAGACAGAACAGUGAAAACAAAGGAAAUUAUGGUUGAUAAUCCCGAGAUGAAAAGUAAAACUGAUGGAAGACAAACGAGAGGAUCAAUGAGCGACGUUAAGAACGAGCCUUCCUUGGAAAUUGUAAGCGAUAACCUCCGAAAAGACAAAUCUUUGCUGGGGAAACGUCGCAGUCGUAACAAAUCGCUCGACAAAGAUGAAGUAACUAACUUUCGUGCGUCCAAAGCACAGAGUGGCAGCGAAAAUGCCUCGUCAAGCGGAAAGGAAGCUGAGAAAGAACUCGGAGAAGUUAUCGAUAAAAUUUCUAAGAAGGAAAUUGAAACCGAAAGCGAUAAAAAUUCCGAUGAUCGCCUAGACUCGACAGUAGUGAAUAUAAAUUUAAGUCACUUGCAAUCAGAGACGAGUAACCUGUCCAUCGACAGUGGUAAGGAAAACUCUUUGGAAACAUCCGUGAAUGUUCAUAGUAAACUGAAGGUAGGGAGACCCAAGAAGUCAUGGGGUGCGCGUCGUGAAAAAUCGUUGAGGAGGAGGUCCUUAAACAAUGUUAUCGGUAUUUUGACGGAGGGCAUGAAUAUUCCUGUGGAAGCACAGCAGAACGUGCAGGUACUCACGGUUCAGACUAGUUUAGACAAUCCAGAUAGGCUAGCCCGAAACGGAAGCGUCCAACAACCAAGUAGUGGCGAGGGCAACAUGAUAGACUCAGCAUUUAGCGAGCUGUCGGUCCUUACCAAAAGUGAAGAGAAAUCCACGGAGAACGAAAUUGUUACUGCGACGAGCACAACCGAUAGCUCUCACGCGGAUGAUAAGAAGAAUGCUUGUCCUGAUGAAGCACAACUCGAGAACGCCUUCGCCGACGGAAAAGUCGACGUAUCCUUGAAAGUUGCAACUGCUAAGGCGUGUUCGCCAGCCAACGACAUUAUCCUCGAUCUGUCUAGAAGGAAACCCAAGGGCAAAGGCUCUUUCUUAGAGAAAAUUGUGUCGAAAAUAGCGAAGCAGAAAGACGCUUUGCUAGAAGGUGAGGUAGGUUCUUUGCUUGACACUGCGGCCGAUGAAUUGACUAGUAUUCUCGAUGAGGUCGGACCCACCUUGACUGAUAAUACGGAGAGUACAAAUUCCAAUGAGGCAAACCAUGCCUCAAAGAACGAUAAAAAUGUGACAGUUACAUUCACUGACAAAGAACUGCCGAUGAUUGUCGAUUCUGAAGUCCAAGCGUUGGAAAAUGAGAAAAUCAGUGUUGAGAGCGCGGUUUCCAAACGUUCAACGGAUUCUUUGGAGAUGUCAGAUAAUCUCGAAAAAAGCUUAGCAGCAAAGACUGAAACUCAAAGUGAGAAUCAAAUUAGAGCAGAUAAUAUUUCAGACGUUGAGAUGAAGAAUAACGAUGACUUGGACAGAAAAGUAAGUUCUGUUGAAGAAAAUGUUGAAUCUUGCGAAAAGAAAUCUAUGACAAAUGAAGAACCAAUUAUUCCAAUAAAAAUUCCAAAUGAGAGUUCUUCAUCAUUAACCGAUACUUCAAUUUCUUGUUCGUUAAUUAUGACACAAAAAGAAAAUUUAGAAAAACCUGAAAGAAAGAAAGGCGUUACGAAAUCUAGGAGAAAAUCCAACAAAAAAUCACUAGAUGCAAGAUCUAAGAAAAAUAAGAAAAGAUUACUAGAAAUCAUCGAAGAUUGCACAGAAGAAGAUGCGCAGAAGAAACUUGGAUUAAAUGACACAUUUAAGUCUGAUAUUGGAAAUGAGUUUUCAAAGAAAGAUGAUAGUAUGGAGACUUUAAACACAAAUAUUGAAGCCGAAAAGUUGAAUCUGCUCCAACACAACGAAAGCGAAAUUAUCAAGGAUAACUUAAAGCCAACAAAUUUGGAAAAUAAUCUUAUGAAAGCUAACCAUGAAUCAGAUUUAGAAAUAUUUACCGAUCUUUCAGAAAUCACUUGUGAAAAUGCAAAAUUAAUGGCGGAUCUUGAGAAAUCCCUUGAUAAAAUAAUUUCUGACGAAGAUAUUACCAAUGAUCAGUCAAUAGAAUCAACCGAGAAAAACAUUGAUUUUUCGAUAUUAUCUUCAGAGAAAAGCGUUGAAUGUAGAAAAUCUACAAAUAGAAAUAAGAAAAAGAAUCAAGUCAAUUCGAACGGAUCUUCAUCUAGGCGUAAAUCGAAGAGAAAAUCGAAAUCUGUUUUAUCAAUAACUUCUCCGAUGGACGUUACUACAAACAUCCUCGAAACUUCCAUAGAACUGAUGGAUGAAACAGAGAAGAUACCAUCUUCAUUGUCUACUUUGAGAGAAUCUUUAGAAUUAACUGAUAUGCAAUCGAUAAAAACUGGGACCACUAGCGACUCAGACACUCCUUUAGAAAAUAUCUUGCAUGCAGUGGAAAUAGCACCUGAGAAACGUAAAGAGACACAAAAUACAGACUCAGAAAAUUUAAGUCUCGUUAAUUCGAUGUCUUCAAAAACAACUAAGAAACGUGGCGCGAAAAAGAAGUCAUUGGCCGAGGAGCAUCUGGAACUACCGGAAGACAAAUCUACUAAAAUUGUUUCGAAAUUCAACGAUGAAUCCAGCAUCGCAGAUACUAACGAGCAAUUAUCUGUUAGUUUAGAGCAUUUUAAAAUACCGGAAGUGAAGGAUCUACCGCAGAGCGCGAAGAAACGAAGUCCAAAGAAGAAAUUGCAGUCCGAAGAAGAUCGUUGGAACAGCGGAAACGUUUCCGAAGAGUCUCAGACGAAUGAGGAACCCAUGGUGAUCGGCGAGAUAUCUAACUCGAUCGAAGAGAAAGUCAAAGAGCAGGAAGAAAUAGAGAAACAUGUUACUGGAGAAGAAUCGAAUACGAAGAAGUUCGAAAGAUCGAGUUCUUCUGGAUCGAUCGGUCUCGCUCCAUUUUUACCCAAGACAAGAUCUAUGUUUAAGAGAAAAACACAACUAUCAAGCGAAGACCUUGCUGAUUGUGGUAUUCGAAAUCAGAGUGCCGAAAGUAUGGACGACUUGUCCGAGAGCUCGUGCGUUAGCGAGUCCAGUUACUUUAGGAAGAAGCGAUUCGCAAAGAAAAAGAGGAAAGAGGAGAUGGUAGUUGGCAGCGCCCGAGCCGAUUCUUCUCUCAUAGAUUCAAUAGCUCUGAAGAGUGGUAAGCAAAGUCCAAAAGAGAAAACGAGCAAAUCAUUGCUCGAUGAGCAUCUUGAUUUAUCUGACGUGGAUGAUAUUGAUAUUCCGAUGGAUAUCCAAGCUUCAUUAGAAAAUACGGAAGCCUUGGAAAAGAUUGAACGAGAGCUCGAACUUACUAACAAAUCUUUGGAUCCACAAAACGAAGACUCAAACAAACUAAUAGAUGACACAGAGAACAAAGAUUCGGAUGCUUUAGAACGACCAGCAUCUAAUAAUCAUGAUUCUUCAGAUAAUCCGGUUACUCCGAAAAAACGCACGGCUGGCAACUUUGUGGUGGUGCACACAAAGACCGGUGAGAUCUUGAUCGUGGAGAAAAAGAAGAAGUUAACGAAGGAGACUCCGAAAUUUUUCUGCGGCGUAUGCGCUACAAGCUUCACUCGUAAGAGCUCUCUAAAGAAACAUACGUUGUCACAGUCGCAUUUAUCACAGUUGACAAAAUCCACCAAAGAUAAAAUCGAGUCUGUUAACAGCAACACGUUCGAGAAUACUGAAGAGGACGACAACGAAUGGAAGAGUAAUCAAGAGAAUGAUCAACAGACGAAGAACGUUCUAGAAGACGCUCCAUCUCAUGAAACCGAUCGGAAAUCUUUAGAGCUAGACGAGAACUUCGUUCCUUACACAAGUAGCACGGAAGUAGAAUUGACGAAAUCUCUUGUGGAUCUCGGAACAAGGCAAAUGUUGGAAGAUAAACUGCUAGACGAAGAGAUUUGCAAGAUUACCGAGAACAUGAGUCAUGACGAAUACGUUUUGACUGAUCAACUAACACCAGAAGAGCCGAUGUUGUCAUCAACACCUAUCAAAGCCAUCCAAACAAAACAAGAGGAUUCAGGACGAAGCAAGAACAAUGACAAGAAGCGGAACAAAUCGAAAAAAAGAAAUCUGGCUGAAGAACAUUUGCUCUUGGAUUCUCCUAAAUUAGAAAAUUCGAAAAUUGACUCGAGCGAGCUUUCAAAACCAACCAAUGAUGUGCAAGUUUCCUCACCAUCUUGUGACUAUUCUUCGAUGAAGGAAAUAAUGGAAAUAGUAGAAAAGACUGGAGAUAUUUCUAAAGAAUGUGUAGAUAACACUGAAACGGAGAAUCAAUCAGAAUUAAUUGUUAAAUCUUUAAAUGAAGAAACAGAUUUAAAAUCGGUAUGUGAUACCGAUAGGAAAGCUGACCAGCAAACAGAAUCCACGAGGACUACGAAGAAAACGUCGAGAAAAGUCUCUAAAGCUUAUAAUGAGGAAAAAGAAGAGACCUCAGCUUUAACUGAGAUAAAUCGUUUCAGUUUAAGACCUAGAAGAAGUAAAAACAUUCAGCAUUAUGAAGAGUCUGAUAUUGAAGCUGAUAUAUUUUUUAUGGAUACUUCCACGGAAAUGAACAGUGAUGAGAAAGAAGAUAGCUGUGAUGUGCAAAAGAGACAGAACGAAGUAAAAGAAACCAACAGGGAUGCACUACAGGAAAACGCAUAUGUUGCUACUGACGAUAAGAGUCCCCAGAAUACAGAAGUCGCAAACUUGACAACAGACUCAACGAAUAGCACUAAGAAAAAGAAACGUGGAAGACCAAGACUUAAAGAUCGAAUUGUUCCGAAUUCCAGUAAUACUUCAGCUUCCGCGAAACUUGAAGUUAACGGAAAUGAUUCUGUGGCUACGAGCAAUCUUGAUGAAUCAAAAAUCGAGGAUCAAAAAUUAAAUUUGCAUACCAAAGAGCGUCUUGACAAAAUCAGUAAACCGCCACAUAUUGAUGCGAAUGCCCAACCUCCUCCCAAACGGAGUCGGGGUAGGCCUAGAAAAAAUCCUGUACCCAUUACAAAUUCUUCAGUACAAGCAGAUAAUUCGAGUGCUUCCGAAUUGACGAAAUCAAAUUAUGAUGAAGUGAAAGAAAAGGCAGACGUGAUUGAAUCAUGUUCCAAAAUGGUUAUCGAAGAAUCCACGUCGAUCAGUUCUUUGAUACCGAACGCGGAGUCUUCACCUGCCGUUCAAGAUCAUACUUCAGAAUCAAGUUUAUCGAAAACAAAGAAAGAUUUAUUAAAUGCUGAAGACGUUCAAAGCACCGAACUAAACGUUUCCAAAGAUCGAUCGACUCAGAGAAUAGAAUCUACGGAUAUUGCGAUAGACGACACCGUACUCGCAAAGAAUUGCGAGAAUAUGCUUACCUCCAACGUUCCAUCAGAAAAAGUCGAAAUAUUGAUACCAUCAGAAACAAACACAUGUGUUGAUGAUGCAAAAUGUGUACUAGAAGAUAAACGAAAUGAUACGAAUGUGAAUGUUUUAGUACAUCUAACAACUGAAUCAUCAGCCGAGCUUCCUUCACAAAUUAUCGAACAGGUAUCCAUUGAUGAUUUGGAAUCAGCUGAAUCAAAAGCAAUCGAAUUAGACAACAAUGAAAGCUUCGAAAUUCCAAAAUCAACAAAUAUCUUAGAAGAGGAACAAAUGAAGCCAAGAGAACAACUUUUCGAAGAAGAAGUCCCCAAAGCAAAAAUCUUGUUAGGAUCAGAAAGUGAAGAUAAAACGUUAACCGCUGACAAUAAACCUGUUCUAAAUUUCCACGAAUCUCAGAAGAUAUUGAAUGAUUCAGGAAAUGAUAGCACUUACGAUGAAAAAACAAUUCGACGAGAAUCUAACAAGAAAUUAUCCAGAAAGUCAACGAGUAAAGAACGAGAAACUGAUCGUAAAAGAUUGAAAACAUCCAAGGAUAAAAAGAAAAAAAUCAAAGUCGCUGAACUGUCAAGUGACAGCGAGAACGAGGAUGACAGGAUUGAAUCUGCUGCUUCGAGUAAAAGUAAAAUUGUGAAGAGUGUGUUCGGCCGAGUGUUUGGUGGCGAGAAAGCGGAUAAGGUGAAAGAAGUAUUGAACGACUGGGUAUCACGAUCAGAAGACGACUCGGAUAUAUCUAAGAAUGCUUUGGAUGCGAGAUCCUAUCUGCGUGGACUAACAAAGUUCCCCGAGAAUGGACACAAGAAAGAGAAGAAGUGCCACUUCGGUUCUGAAACAAAAAAGGAUACUGAGCGAUUACACAGAAAGAAGGGAAACGACAAGUGCGGCAGUGAGGUUCAAGGGAAAGCGAAGAAUCGAAAGAAGCGAGAGAAGAAUACCGAAUCGAUAUCUGAGGAUCGUAUCGGGUCACCCAUCAAUCCGGCCAAGCGAAGAUAUAGAGAGAGCAAGAUCAGGGCGGACGAGAAGAUCUUGAGGGCUUUCGAUGAUGAGUUACUGACGAUUUUGGACGAAGAUAACAAGACUAAAGAAAUGAGCAAUCAGAUUAAUGAAUUUAACGAUAAAGAUAAAGAAACAAAGAGACACCAUGAAAAAGAUUUGAAUAAGGAGCGAACGAAGAAUAAAAAUUUGACGUCCGAGAAUUGGGAGAGCCUUCGAGUUGAACACGACUCUUGUGGAAAAUCGAAAAAUAGUUCUAGUCAUCGUAAGAAACAGGAUGCUAAGGAACCUGCUUCGUCGCCAUCGCAAUCCGAGUCUAAAUACAGAUGCAGGGAGAGCAAGACUAAAGCUGGCGAGAGGAUCUGGCGAGCCUUUGACAAUGAGAUUUCGUCGUGUCUUUCUGAUGAUCAGGAUCUUAAUGAAUUUCACGAAAUUUCUAAAGAACAGCGAUUCGAGUUCGACGAAUCUAAAGAUUUGAAUCGUUUGGAGAAUAAUUCGAAGAAUGUCAAACAAACAGAUGACGAUACUUGGAAAGACGUCAGUUCGAUAGAUCAAGAACAGAGUGUAGUGCAUAGUGGACGCGGGAGAUCCAGAAAAAACUCAAACAGUCGCAAGAAACAGAAUUUCAAUAUAAUUAAAAUAAGUAAGUCAAAAACAAACAAAAGGAUUUCUAAGGAUCACGAGUCAUCAAUUCCUUUGGAAGAUCGAGAAACGAAGAACGAGAUGCAAAACGAUCAAACGAUACUAUCGACAAAUGAAUCGAGGACUCGAUCGAAAACUUUGAUCAAAGAUAGUUCUUAUGAAUCCAUUUACGGCGAUUUAGUUGUUUCGAAGCAUGUAAAAAAAGAUGGAGAUAAUUUGCUGACAUAUUUGGAUCAGUCAACAAAUUCUAAGAAAAACAAAAAGGGGAUUGUCAAUGAAGAUUGGAAACAUUCAGCAAGAAAAUUUGAUCUAGACGAUGAUCAGCUAACUGAGAAGAACAUUGGACAAAAAGGAGAGGAAUCUACGAUAUCAUCGCGUAGUUGUAGCAGUUUAGCGGCCGAAGAACCAAUAAUGAAGAAUCAAUUGGUUGAUCUUGAUGGAAAUUCUCAGAUGAAUCGAAAUGAUAACGAUGAUAACAAUGAUAACGAUGAUGAAGAGGAGGACAACGAUAGCGAUCUCGAGCGACAAAGAUUGUCACCAUUCGCUCGCGAGACUCCCAAUAACUUUAUAGAAAGCAGCUCCAACAAUGAAGAAGAGGAAGAGGAGGAGGAAGAAGAUGGCGAAGAAGAGGAAGAACGCGUAACAUACGAGGAUAAUUCCAGAAAGACAAAUCCUAGCGAAUUCUCUGGGGAGAAGAUCAUAAUCAGAUCACCGUCUUUGGGUCACAGAUCGGAUGUAGUAACGAUUGCACCUACAGACGCGAUGGAGGACAAUGCUUUGGAUGUACCGAGAGAGAUCGAGGAACCAACGACGGAACCGCGACAAGGCAAAAUCCUUAAUUUUGAUGAGGAGCUCUUCGUAGAAUGUUGCUCGAGAUUGAAAGCUACAAGCGAAAACGAGUUAAGAGGUGCGAAGAAGAUUAAACUGGACCACUCGGAAUCAUAUCAUAGACGAGACGAUCAACCUCAAGACUUCAGAGUCAAUAGAGAUCGAUGGAGAGACGUGGAGAGUCAAAAUAGUCUCGGUAGUCUUCUAGAGUCGGUGAAUCAAUUGCUCGGCGAGGAGAUGUACAACAGUCAUGAUAAAAGUUAUCGAAUGCACGGUAGCGAACGAUCGAGCAGAUCGGCCAGUCCGGAUGCGUCACGAAUCGACAAUCUUGGCUAUGAGGAUAGUUUGGACGUAGCUUUUGAGCACAAUAACAAACUACGAGAUAAGAUCCAGCAGCGUAUGAGAGAGAGCGAGAAUCUGAUAGCCAGCACGUUCGGCCAAAAGAUCAACGAUCGUUCCGAUGACAAGCGAGACAGCGUUGGGAACUCGUACUCCUCGAGUAUUCACGAACACGAACAGUUGCCUACAUCGAUUGCGUCAAAUAGAGAGCUAGGUUCCUCACCAGGUCACAAAAACAAGAUGAAUUCGACUCUAGGUGGUUUACACAAGGCACUAUCCAACUUGUUGCACAGCAACGGCAAGCAUGAUCAUAAUGGUUCCGCUCCGAUGAAGCUGUUGGCGGAAUUGGCCUGCGCUCGAGCUCCAACCUCCACGUUGCCGGAGGAUACCACGAACAGUAACAAGAAUCAUCAAUCGGUGAAAAUGGUCGCGGCAGCGGUUGCUGCAGCGGCAGCUGUGGUAGUGGACAAGGACACCCCGACUGCCCCUAAGAAGCCAAUGAAGGAUUCAGCGAUAACGUCGAAGAAUUCGCCGACGAAGAAAACGAGGAACCCCAUCAAGGAGCUGUUCGAGCGCAAGAAGGAGAUAAACGAUAGAAGACAACAGCAACGUUCGAAGGGCGCUUUUGUUGAAUUAAACGUGCAAAAGCAACGUAAGUCGAAGAAGAGCAGGAAGCAGCAGCAGGAGUUCCCGCUGAUCCGUAGAAGCGAACACUAUGGCGGCUUAGUGGAGAAGAAAAAACGUCGUGAUUCUCUCGAUCGAAAAGGGGAGUCGGAAAGGAUAAAAGAUGUGUACGAAUUUGACGAGGAGGAAAGUCAAAUGGCACCCACUCUGGGUAGCGUUAUGUCUUAUAGGAGCCAAAUCGAUAAGAAUUACGAUAUCAAUUGGUCAAAGAUAAGGAAUACCAAUGGAAACUUGGAUACCGUCUUACAGAACGGUAAGACGAAUUACGUCGCGAACACUAAAUUAGACGCUGUAAUCAACCGUAAAUUCCAAGAGCUGGAGAAGUUUGCGCCAAAGACAAAAGGCGCUUUGAAAUCGUUUCAGAGCGAGGAGCAACAACAGCAGCAGCAACAGAUUACUGAGGCAGUUACCGGACCAAUGGACGAAUUCGUGGAAAGGAAGCAACGCAUGAAACGAUCUAUAGAGCGAUCAAACGAAGGUAUCAAACAAUCCGGUAAGAUCAAGAAACGAGGUAAAAGCUCGAAGAAGCGAGUAAGAAAUGCAUGGUAUGAGAAUGACAGCUCGGACGAGUUUAGGACAGCCGCGAAGACGGAAGAUGUUGGCGUUGGCAUUUCGAAAAGUCAACGCUCAUGUUCGAAAGGCAAGCAGAAUCUCUUCGCGGAAUUAUCGACGUCAUCCGAGAGCGAGUACGAACGUGACAAUAUCGAUUAUAUGACCACGAGUGAGCAACGUUCGAAAUCGAAGAAAAGUUCGAAGAAACCGCUCGACGAUGUCGACGAGACGGAUGCUCAACGCAGUGAACCUGAAUUUGACAAUGAAGAUCAAGUAGCAAGCGAUUGGAAUCGAGCUGUGCAGGAAGAUGCUAUGAAGAAUGAUCACGAUGUCGCAAAAUCAGAAUCGGAAAUGUCAGAUCAUUCUUUGGUGAUAGAUGAAAGGAAGAUGAUCGAUGAGGGGAGAAACAGUGAAGAUGACGCGGAUAAUCAAUACGAGAGAACGUUUGAUUUGGAUGAUUUGUAUAGGGAAGACAGCUCAGACGAAGAGACAGAAGUCGAAGAGAACGAAGAGCCGACGAUCGAAGAAGUGAAGAAUAACAGAUCUGAAAAUCAAACAUUGGAUGAAAAUGCAACUUUGCAAACGAAACUUACUUCUACAAUCACGAAAAACGAUUGUGCGUCGGAAAUGAUUUCUUUAGAAGAAGCUUUGGAUUUUCUAGAUCGUCAUGAGAAUCUCGAUCCGAAAGCUGAGGAUAUACGUGCUAAGAAUAACAUCAUUAAUGGUACUAUGGAUGAAGUUUCUAACGAUGGAAUUAUUAAUGAAGAAAUGGAGAACAAAUGUUCGAGUCCUACAGAGAUGCGAGAUGAGAAGGAAGAACCUGAUGACGAUGUUCCGACUUUGCCUGAGAAAUUGUCCAGCAACGAGAAACCACUGAAAGAAUCUGAUCAUAAUCUUCCUCUUCAUGUAUUUCUCAGCAGAAAGGUACAAGAAUCGAAGAAGAGAAAGCAACAGCAGUUAGAUAAACUACGAGAGGAACAAGAGAGGAUACUCAUGGAUUUUCAACCGACCAGAAGACAAAGAAAGUGUGCAAUAGGUAAGCAAGGUCUGCUAGCGGAAAUAAGCAGUUCGGACGAGGAAUCAUAUGUGAGAGAUAAAGAUAGCAAGAAAGGUAGCGAUCAUGAUAAGUCGCGGAAGAAAAGGGAAUUGAAGGAGAAAAGAAAAGAGAGAUAUCUCGAGAAGAAGCAUGAACAGAUGAUUGCUAAAGAGCAGAAAGCGAUCGAGGAAGAAAUUCUGCGAGAGGUUGGCAAAAGAAAAGAGAUCAUCGUACAAAAUGAUGAUAUUGCAUUGAAUACCGAUGUUGUGGAAGCAAUCGUCUCUGGACAAAUUCAGAGGAAGAAACAUCAGACGAAGGAGAAGCAUAAGAAAAGUGGCGACGAGAGUAUUGAAGAGAAUGCAAUGUACAUUGAUCAGUCUUUCCUUGAUAACUCAGAAGACAAUCACGACAAAUCAGAUCGUGCUUUCUCCACGGCGGAAAGUAACACAGAGAACAACGACCACUUGUCAACUUCACUAAAACGAAAAAAACUCGCGAAAUCGUCAGUAAAAUCAAAGAAAGUUUCCAAAUCCGAAAACGGAAAGAUCCCGACGAGUAAAAGAAGCAAAGAGCCAACCGCGGAGAAAUCCAAGAAGUCCACAAGCAACAAGGAUUCUAAAGAGCGCAGAUCGUCCAGCGGAAAACGCGACUCUGAUGAUGAGGAGCUAAAGACCACCAAAUCAUGGAACAAGGUCGAGGAAGGCGUCGGGGUUGCAAUCGGUCGACAUAAACGCACCGCUGCUCUUCAAUUAUACUAUUGGUCCAGUUCGAGCGACGAGGAGGAAGCGCCAGAACCGAUCCCGGCGCCCGAAGAAGAAGAGGACGAUCGGCAGGAGCAACACGGAUGGAUAGUAGGCGACUCCCACAAGAAGAUGAUCACGAUGUUGGCGAUGGAGAAGCAACUGAAGGAAAAACGACGUAGGAGUGAGGACGAGUUCGAGCCUGGAAAGGCGAAGAGCAAGAAGCAUCGGAACAGCACUUCUUGAUACGUGUUUCAUGAUUAAAGCUCGAUCAAAGAUCCCGCGCGAUAGACGCAGUGAGACUACGUUAUUCUGACAACAUAAACUGUGAAAGCGAAAUAGUGACGGCCAGAAAGGUCUCCACGUUUGUCUUUAAUGAGAAUUAAUCACAUUCUGUAUCUGCCACGGUGAUUACUGGUAGAUCUGUUUAGGUAGAUAAAAAUACAAUGGACAAGUGCGAUCUAUCAUCAGAAAAGUAUUUGUUGUGUUCGAUCUUUUUUCUUCUUUCCUUUGUUAGCAAAUGUUGGACGAGUGUACGUUUUUAAGCGUAAAGAAGGAAGAAAGAAGAUAUAAAAUGUAUAUAGUUGCUUGGCAUUUAGAGAUUAGAGAUUAGACGAGCAUCCUCCCUCGUUACAAUCUAAGAAUUAUACACAUGUAUAAAUAUAAAUCGAGCUCUUAUAAAUACCGGAUGAUUUAGACUGAACAUGAGAAGUAGCAAAAGUGAAAAGAGCACUCUUAGACAAUACUAGGACAUUUGUAACGUUUAGUUGUAUGUAGGGGAUCUCCCACAUGUGAAACAGGUGAGAUGAAGAAAUG